GAUUGGAUCUGCAUUCAUUGGUUCCUAACUCGGCUGAUUUGAUCAAAUCAAAAAUCCAUUUAUUGUUGAAUGUUUGAGAUUGAUCGGUUGUGAAAGGAAUCGUACAAUGGGUAAGGGCAAGGAACAUGUUCACAAGAUGAAGCUCCGUAAGAGCUACCAGAAUGUAUGGCAUACGGAUCUUAUGAGCAUCAUGGCUGCAGAUACUCCUUAUUGCUGUUAUUCGUUAUUCUGUGGACCAUGUGCAUCAUACAAGCUUCGUAAACGAGCUCUCUAUGGUGACAUGUCAAGGUAUACAUGUUGUGGUGGAUAUAUGCCCUGCAGUGGAAAAUGUCGAGAACGUAAAUGCCCUAAGUUUUGUCUUUGCACAGAGGUCGUAUUUUGCUUUGGAAAUUCAGUUGCUAGUACUCGCUUUAUGCUGCAAGAUGAGUUCAACAUAAAAACAACGAAAUGUGAUAAUUGCAUCAUUGGUUGUAUGGUUUGCCUUCAACAAGUAGCGUGUAUUUUUUCCAUAAUUGCUUGCAUUCUUGGAAGUGAUGAACUCAAUGAUGCAUCUCAAUUGCUGAAUUGCUUAGCGGAUAUGGUUUUUUGCACGGUUUGCGCAUGUAUGCAGACACAACACAAGGCUGAAAUGGACAAACGAGAUGGAAAAUUUGGAAUGCGUCCAAUGGAAGUUCCUCCGGUCCAGGAAAUGUCAAGAAUUGAUCAGUCAUAUCCGCCACCACAUUUACAAUACGGACAACCACAGUACGGUUACCCACAACCAUAUGGGCAACCACAACCUCCACAAUAUCAAGGCUACCCACCUGCCCACUAUCAAGGCUAUCCUCCACCACAUCAAGGCUACCCACCCGCCCCCUAUCCAGGAUACCCUCCUUAUCCUCCACCACUACCACAACAUCAAGGCUACCCACCUGCACCUUAUCCUUCUCAACCUCCUCCAUCUCAUGGUCAAGGCCACCCACCACCACAUUAUAUGUAAAUUAACCAUAUCGGUAUCAUGUGUUA